UAUUUCGCUCCUGGAGUGUCGCCUGACUUUUAAUUGCGUUUCCAGUUUUGUUUGUUUUCCCUCUCCCGGGGAGCGCCUUCAACCCCUGUGGGGCGGCGUGUGUAGGCCCCGUGGGUGCACCUGCGCCUGCGCGGCGGCAGCAGCACUGGAGCUGCAUGGCUGCUGCACGAGACCACCAGUGCAUUACGCAUGCGCACGGCGCUCCAGACGGACCAGUCGGCACACGCACACGCUUAAAGCCCCGGUGUUUGCGGGAGCUUCUUCCCCACCCACCUUUCCUUCUCUUUCUUCUUCUCUGUUUAUGAAGUGGAAACUGCGUUGGGGACCUCAGAGUAAGGAGAGACCAAAGUGAAAAGCUGAAUGGUCUGCUUGAAAUAAACUGAAAGAUAGAUGGAUCAAGAAACGAUAGCAUAGAAACCAUCUCAUUGAGACAUUGAGAAAUAUGGGAAGAACUACAGACUUUGACUCAAUUCUCCUACCUAGUUGAGUGAAGAUGUAGAAUCCAAAUGGGCGGAGGAAUUCUGAGAUGGAUACCAGUGAAGAGCUUCCAAAAAAAGUCUUCAAAGCCAGAAAAACGAUGCGUGCAAGUGACCGACAACAGCUAGAGGCAAUUUAUAAAAGCAGGGAGGAACUUUUAAAAGCAAAUGAAGAGACCAAAACUAAACUGUGUAAUGGGAGACAUGAAAAUGGAGAUUCUGACAACAAAUCCUCACUAAAUACUAAUUGCAUGGAUGAUACUGACAUUGAUAGUAUUAAUGAUGUGAGGCUAGGCCCAGAGGAACUGCAAAGCCACCCCAUUGAUGAACUUAAUAUUGCACAAACACAUGAACUAAACUGUGCUGAAAAAUGUCUUAAUGAAGAUGGGGGUUUAAAUUCGCAAGAUGAAAAAAUGGACUCGAUACCACUACUUGAUAAGGAUGAACAGAUUUCUACUGGGAGUACAGAAACCCAUAUUUUGGAUGUUCAGAGCAAAGUAGAAGAUAUUGUGGAACCAGAGUCUGUUGAGUUGAAGCAGGAUUCUUUACUUGCAGAUAAAUCAGGUUCUGAUACUCACUGUCCUUCAGAGAAGGAUAGGCCAGCUUCUGUUAAUGACAGCAGGAGUCAGAAAAUAUCUGAUGAAACUAGCCUUACAUUACAGUUGUCAUCUUCCUCAGUGAGAGAAAAGGAAGACCAUGAAAGUUCAUUGGACAUUAGUGAAGAGGCAAUAACAAGUAGUAUAGAAUCUGUGCAAGAGAAAAAUAAUUGUGAAAGCUCUAAGCUCGAGUGUACAGAGACUGAUAGUGAGAUUGCAACAAAAGACAAAUUAAAUGAGAACAAAUUGGCUGAGAACAACCAACUGGAAAUCGAAGAAAUAAUCCCUAUUUUGGAGAAACUGGCCCCAGAGAAGGACGCUGACUUAUCCAGUAAUCAAGGAAUUGUUCCUGCAGUGGAUUCCCCAUCACCAAAGGACAGUUCAUUGAAAGACUUGCAGGAAGAGCCGAUGGACACAUCUCCAUGCAGUUCCCCAACAAAAGAGGAGUGCAAUGGCAACUUGCCAGAGGAAGCAUUCCUUGUCUUAUCAGAUGAGGAUGAGCCAAUAAUUGAGAAUAAAACAGAAAGUGAAGAGCUGGUACCAAAAAAUGAUGAACCAGAUACAGAUCACAUAAAGCAAGCUGCUGAAAUGAGACAAAAGCAAGAACCAAAUAAUUGUCAAUAUGCCAUGUUGAAUGCCUCAAUUGAACCUGUUUCCUCCAUGCUUCCAGAUGAAGUAGUUCCACGAAAAAGAUCGAAGUCUGAAGAUAUGGAAAGCAGUAUAUCCAAGCGGUGUCGGUUUUCUGGAGAUGAAUAUGAAGCUGCCUUCAAAGUGAAGAUCACUGCAAGAGGGGAGAUCCGGAAUACGCUGGAAAAAGUUGUUCAGCAGAUCAUUGAAGAACGCAUCAGUGCCAUGCAGAGUGGUGUUUUUGACAAGAAGCUGGCAGAGCUGAAGAACAGAGUAGAAAAAAUUGAAUGCAACACAAGGCAUGAAUCUUUAAUCAGUGGCUUACAGGCAAAGCUCAUGCAGAUAGAGAAAAGACUAGGAUCAGCAAAUCAAGCUCGCAAUGAUUCUUCCCCAAAUAAAACACAAGAGAAUUCAACCACCUCCACACCACAGCAAUCAUCUGGACCCCAGACUACACAACCUGUGUCACCCAGCAAAUCCAACAAUCCCUCUCUUGGUGCCUCUGGUAGUGUGCCACCUCGCAGUGGAACAGUAAGGCAGAUGCUGGACUUGCGAAGGAAUAUGGCAGACAGUGUAGCAUCGGGCCAACAAUCUGCAAACUCAAGUAGUACAGGUAUUACCAACCUCUCACCACCUCAGGUAGUUGGCGGACAGACUAAACCUCAGAACGCAGGGACAUCUGGUGCUGUGGUCACUCCUGUGCUGCCAGCAACUGCAGCAGUAGUGGGAAACAAUCCGUCACUGCCAAACUCUGGCAGUAACCAGCCUAUGCCAGUAUCGCUCCAAUCCGUGCCAGUAUUGCUUACUGUUCCAGUGGCAAUGUCUUCCCAACCUCAACUCCUUCAGGCUUCAGCAAAUAGUUUGAUGACUAACCAGCAACCUGGAAUUGAGAUCUUGCCUGUUCAGUCCCAACCCAUGCUAAACAAUCUCUCCAAACCACUCCCGUCGCAGGCAUCGGCAAAUGUAGCAAAAGCAACUGGUGCUAGUCCUUCCUUGCCAAGCCCCGGAGUCCAAAGGAAGUCCCCUGGAAGUGUGGGCUCAGUGCAGAUAAGUAACGCUGCUUCCAGUCAGACUACUACUGUGACUAGUACUCCGUCUACUGUUUCACCUCAGAUUUCCCGGACAACGCAACCAUCUUUGGUUUCCCCAGGACAUUUUAGCCCUCCUCAUACUAGGCCACCAAUACAGCCAAGGCCUUCACAGACUUACAGCCAGGGACAAGUUUCUGGAUCAUCAAGUCAGCCGUUAACCGUCAGUUCAGACAGCAUCAGUGCUGGAACAUCCAGAUCAGAGAGCAGCCUCAGUCAGGCCACCACCCAGAGACAUCCUGUGGCAGCUUCAGCAGAGUCACCAGCUGCUAAGAAAGCACCGCCUAGUGGCAACCAGAGUACAAAGACAGGAGGAAGUGACAUGGGAGCUGUCAUUGACUUGACUGGUGAUGAUGAGGAUGAUGUGACUGCCCAAGAUGCCAGGAAACAUAAUCAGGCUGCUAACCAAGGAGCAAUGGGAACAACUGCGCUUCAGACAUCUCCACCUACAGUCCAACCGCAGAUCAGACCACCUACAACUUCCCAGGGAGUCUCACCACAGCUGACAUCAACACAGUCCCAUUUGCCAGCACCACAGAACAACCUAGGCACCAUUGGGUUGACUGUGCAAACUACCAAUGUGCAAAGCGUGUCUGCAGGUAGAGUACAAACAGGGCAAACAAGUGCUAACGUACUUCAGCACCAACGUCCUCAGAUGCCUCCACCAACAUCACAGGCCCCUGUGAGACCACCACUUCCAACUCUCCAAAGAGGAACCUCGAACCCCACAGUUUUCACAUCACCCCCUCCAUACCAAAGUCACAAUCCAGUGCGGGCUGUCACAACACAGAGCCAGGCUAUGCGACAGCCCAGUCCUCAGCCUCCAGUUAGUGCAGGUGUGUCGGUCAGGCUGCCUCAGACAUCUUACAUAGUGAACAAUGUAAUCUCCAUUCCUGUGAUGCCAAAUAUGCCUCAGUUCACAGUCCAUCACCGGCCUUCACAGGAUCCACCUCGACCUAUCCACCCAGCACCACUCCCCGAGGCCCAAGUGCCGCAGCGGUUACCUCCAGAAGCUGCUAAUACCUCUCCGCCCCAGAAACCCCACCUGAAGCUAGCCCGUGUUCAGAGUCAAAAUGGAAUCGUCCUGUCGUGGAGUGUCCUUGAAGUGGACCGGUCUUGUGCGCUUGUGGACAGUUACCAUCUCUAUGCCUACCAUGAAGAUCCAGCUACUACAACUCCUUCCCAGUGGAAGAAGAUUGGAGAAGUCAAGGCAUUGCCACUUCCCAUGGCCUGCACCCUUACACAGUUUGUAUCUGGAAGCAAGUACUACUUUGCAGUCCGAGCAAAAGACAUUUAUGGACGAUACGGGGCUUUCUGUGAUCCACAGUCGACUGAUGUGAUGUCGACUCAGAGUAAUUAAUUCAACAAAAAAAAUCAAAGACAAUGAACCUCAAGCCCCACGAUGAUAUUUUUCAUUUCUUUUCUUACAUCAUGCAUGACGUGUUGUAGUUUUUCUAUAGUUGUCUGAUCCUCUUGGUAUCUGUGUACACUACACUGUAAUACACAAGGGAGUCCUAGUAUAAAUUAGGCAACGCUGAUUUGCAGCAAAGAAAGGACAGGACACUGCACCAAGGGUGCUGUAUUACUGCUGCCAGACAGAAGUUGCUUCUUUUGUCACCAUAGACCCAGUUUGACUGGGACGCAACGUGAUAGUGACUGAUGAAGCAGCAGCAACAAAUGACAUUUCUUUAUUCUCUGGUCAGCCAUUAGUUUGGGUUUUAAAGAAAAACAUUCCCAAAUGUGACAUGUGAUACAGACCAUUAACAUGAUCAUUCAUACAUGUAUUAUCUUAUUGUUAUUUUUUUAAACUAUAUUCACUGCGACUUUAGUUAUCACUUCAAAUAGCAGUGGAAAUUGAUCAGCAGUGACCAUAGGAAAGUGAGUUUUAUUGCAUUCUGAAAUACUGAAAUAAAUGCAACUUGCAAUGGACUGCAUACUUGAUUAUUAAGAGGUGUUCUAAUCGACCAUGAGCCUCAUUGAAGAAAUCGGACACACCUCAUUCAUCAUUCAUACCCAGUGAGAUUGUUGAAAGUUUUUAAAAUGAGAUGCUUCUCUGUGUUGUGGGGUGGGAGAUGAAUAAAAGCAAAUUGUUUUUUUUUGCCAAAUGCUUUUGUUAAAUGUGUUAUCAAAGUAAUCUGUGCACUCCAGAGACAGAUAAAAUUCUCAAAAUAUAUUUUUAAUCAGUGUGAAAGGAGUACUUUGUGAUGUGGUCACUGGACAGUGAGUUUGACACUUUGAGAGAGCCCUUUUCAUCAGUACCACUUUUCUGGUCUAAUGAAUAUUUUUUGAAUAUAUAUGUGUGUGUAUGUCUCUAUGUAAAUUUUCAGAUCUGCUCUCCCAUUAAAGCCACUAUGUUGUACAUAUUCUUGCUUGCCAGCAGCAAACUUUCAUGCCGACUUGAUGUAAUCAGCAAGCACAAAUUAAAUCUCCAGUCACUUUGUCUGCUUGUCAAGGCAAGUCAGGGUUUUGGGAGCAUGCAGCAGGACCUGUUUGUCCUCUGAGGCAUUGCACCCGUCAGCAUGAAGAGAAAAUGAACCCUCAACAUCUGCAAAUUGUUUGCAAGCUAUCUUCUCCCCAUUUUGGUUACUUUCUUCAGCUGUUUUGGACUGCCAACAUUGGAUAUAUCACAGAUAUGUUUGAGCUUGCACAUUGACAGCCAGCACUGUUUAUGUAACUUUAUGGUUUAGAACAAUUCUGUGCAUUCCAGCUGGUUGCACAGACCAUGGUAAAGUGACAAAGCAAGCCCAAUUUGCUCGGUGUAAGUCGUGCAUCCUGUGUUCAAUGGUGACAGUUUUGUCAGUGUUCUACUGCUGCCUUGGUCACUAAGGGAUCGUGACUCAUCAAGUAAGUCAUUCUCAGCACAGUAUCCAACAAAGUCUCUGCAUUCUUUUGUCAUUGAACUAUUGUAAAUUAAAUAAUUUAUGAAUAAAACAAAAUAUUUCUUAACUCAGUGAUUUCAAUUGAGAUGCAACUGAUAAUGUGAGUAACAGUGUCCUGUUUAGGAAGAAUUCCCUGAACGCACUCCCCACAUAACUUAAAAGUUGACACAUUCUAAUCUGAUGUUUUUAAGCUGCCAAGAUAUGACCUGGAGCUAACCUGAACCCAGAGAUGUGCUCUAAUUUUGAGGAAUUUCUAUAUAAAACUAGAAAAGCAGCAAAAUUUCAUGUCCAUAAUCUUUACACAAACCUUGACCAGCAACAAAUGUAAUUCCAUUGAAGGCUGUACUGGUAACAUUUUGGUCAAAUAUUACUGCAAUGUAAUAAGAGAUUGCUCCAGGCUGCUGCUUUACCCUGCUGUCAUUCACAGCUAGAAUACUUUCAUCAGUAUUUGUAUGCCCGUGGGCUGAAUUCAAGGAAGAUAGUUCUAGAAUAUUCACCAUCAUUGGAGUUUAUGUUUUGCUUUGCAGUGUGGUGUUCAAAGUUGGGGGGGGGGGGGGGAAGGGGUGAUGAAUAGAGCCUUCUGAUAUAAUAGGAAGACUUCCCUCCUUCCCCUAUCAGCUGGUAAAAAGAUUGCACCCAGCUGAGGUGCAAAGUUACUGCCUGAAAGAGCACUGCCUGUCACCAGAUGCAUGGACGCUAUGUUGUGUGGUAUCUAUCGAGGAUACAGCACUCUGGACCUUGGGGAAAUAAAUGAUGCCACUCCUUGUAGACCAAAUGUAUAUUGCACUGCAUGUUAUGGAAAAGGGAUUCAAGUACCUGCCAACUUGUGCGAUAUUGGGAACUGAUGCUCCCUUCAUCAGUAGAAGAAGUGAAUUUUAACUCACUGCAGUUUCCAUUUAUUAAAUUGUGAAGGCUUCUAGCCACAGGGUACAGAAAUAAAUUAUGAUAAACCUAUUUGUAAUAAAUACUAAGCAAUCUCUCUCCCAGGGAGGGAUUAAACACUGAAAUGCUGGAACAUGUUGAAUGUAAUUAAAUAUUGCCAUUUUUAAUUGCUUUUUUUAAUUUGUUAAAAGUAGUAUACUCUCAAUUGCAAGUUAAACGUGCGGAUGUUGUAUUUCAGAAAUGUGAUGUCAUCCUGUGUUGCCCUGCAAAUUACUUUUAAGUGAUAUUUUGUUCACUAAAACCUGAAGUUUAUAGUUUGAAAAUAAAGAACCUAUCAAUUUUA